UAUGUCAAAUUUUAUACAAAUUUUAAUCUAUUCUUUAUAUUAAAAGAUUAAAAUAUUAACGAUUAAAAUUAGAAUAAUAGUUUAAUAAUUUUUUUAUUAAAAAUUAAUGUUUAUAAAUAGUUUUAUGCUUUUAUUUUUAAAUUAUAUUCUCUGUGAAAAUCGUGUAAACUGCCGCAAAAAAAAUCAUCACAAACAUGUUUGACGAAUAGUGUACAACAUUAAUUAAAAAUUUAUAAAAAUAAAAUAAAAUGGAUGUCAGUACACUGUUUCGUGCCUGUGUGCAAACUGUGCACCAGAGCAAUCAAAUCAUUGACAAUGAUACGAAUUUAAAGUCAACUUUUAAACUGCGUCGUAAACAAAGUCCAUUUGUCAUUAAAUCUCAAGCAGUAGUUAAUCAAAUAGCAAAACUUCGUGAAUUUCUACUUGAAAAUCGUCCAGCUUAUUUGAAUUUUUCAAAUCAUUUAUCAAACAAAUCACACAUGACGGACAAUGAUCGUGAUCAAAUUGACGCUGGUGCACAACAAAUAAUGACAAAAUGUUCUCAACUUAUUAAAGAACUGAGACGUGAAAUAGCCGAAACUGAAGUCUCUCCACAAAAUACCGAACAUCGUGAAAUAAUGUUAAUAUUAAUAGAAAAUUAUUUGAAAAAUGUUUGUAAAAUUUAUUCCGAACAAAAGGCAAUUCGCGUGAAGAGAGCAAUCGAAUAUCGUAAAGUUGCCAAACUUGAAGUUGAUUCGAAAAAAUCAAAUUCAAUUCCAAUCGACACAAAUAGUAAGGAAAAGGAACUCGAUAUGAAUAAAUCUUCAAUGACAAUUCCCGAAAUUGAUAACGAAAUGAGCGGUACAUUGAGUUUUGAAGAUGAAUUAUCCCCCGAGGAUAUUCAAAUGUUCGAAUCAGAAAACGAGCAACUUUUCAAUGAAUUAAAUACAUUGGCCGAAGAAGUGAAACAAAUUGAAACUAAAGUCGUUCAUAUUGCCGAACUUCAGGAAGCAUUCACGGAAAAGGUCAUGGAUCAGGAUAAAGAUUUAGAUCGUUUAAUGACAACUGUCGUUGGAUCAACGGAAAAUGUUAAGGAGGCAAAUGAACAAAUUCGUCAAGCAAUUCAAAGAAAUGCCGGUCUCAGAGUAUGGAUUUUGUUCUUUUUAAUAGUAAUGUCAUUCACACUUUUAUUUCUAGAUUGGUACAAUCCUUAAGUACUUUAAAUUAAAAUUAAACUUAAAACUUUAAAAAAUUAAAUUUAUAUAAUUUUUUCGUUUUGAAUUUUAAAAAAAUUUCGACACCAGGGCUCGAACCAGUGAAAGUAUUUAAAAAUAUUAAAA